CCAGCCCCCCACCCCGGGGCACAGCAUCCUUCGGAUUGCCCCGAGCACCCCGGAGCAUCCUCCAGACACUCCUUGGCAUCUACCCCGAGCAUCCCUCGGAUCGGUCCAGGCACCCUGGAGCAUCCCCUGGAUCGCUCCAAGGAUCCCCAGGGCAUCCUUGGGUUCUCCCUGUGCAUUCUCCAGCUAGCCCGGAGCACCCCACGACUCGCCCUCAGCAUCCCCCAGCUCGCCUCGAGCGCCUCCGACUCGCCCCGAGCAUCCUCCGGCUCAACCAAAGCAUCCUCCAGCUCCCCCUGGGCAUCCUCCAGCUCGCCCCGAGCAUCCUGCGGCUCAACCAAAGCAUCCCUCAGCUCGCCCUCAGCAUCCCUCAGCUCGCCCUCAGCAUCCCUCAGCUCGCCCCGAGCAUCCUCCAGCUCGCCCCAGCCGUGCCUCCAGCAGAGAUGCUCAACGUUAUGGAUUUCUCCUGCCCGGAUCCGCUUUAUUCCAAGUACGAGGAGAGCUACGAAAUGAAAACUGGAGACCUGCAGGGCUUGGGGCAGCCUGAGCAGCAACUUCUGGCCGAGGCUGAUUUCCUUGGAGGUGAGCUUCUGGGCACCCCGAUGAGUGGUGGGGCAGUGGAUUACUCCCUCCUGGGCAACCAGCCCUCCCCUUCACUCAGCUACACCGGCAGCUUCUUCAUCAAGGCGGUACCGGAGCAUCCCCAGGACCAGGAAUCCCUCUUCAACCUGAUGUCGGGAAUCCUUGGCAUCUCGCCCUUCGCCUCCUCCGAGGGCCACCAAAGGCACCUGGAUGGUCUCUACUCCUGCCCAGAGGUGGCUCAGAGCCAGCUGGACCUUUACACCGCCUGCCAGCCCGAAAUGAAUGGAUCCACCCAAGCCCCCUUCCCGGAGCAGGGCUACAGUGGUGGAUUCCCCACAGCAGAGGGUUCUCAGCCCCUCCAGGCACAACCCACCAUAGGAAACACCUCGCAGUGCUUCUUCCAGCCCAAGCUCCUGGACAACAAGCAGGAUAUCAAGCUGCCCUCUGGUUCUCCGGCCCUGGAUAAGUUUAAAGCCUCCUGCGCCCAGUGGGAGCCCAUCACCCAGCAUCAGGCCUACUUGCCCACUGGCUACCAUUCUCCUGAAGCCUUCUCAGCUGGGGAGAGUGGCCAGGGACUCUUCCAUCAGCUGGGCUCCAAGAUGGAGAACGUCUUGUCCGUCAGCUGCCAGUCGGAACUCGGCAGCGUGGCAGAGGAUGCCGCCUGCUUCGGAACGCAUCUGGGCUUCGGCUGCGAGACAGAAAACUUCCCAGCCCGUGGGGACUUUGCCGACACCAAGAUCCACAACCUCCCUCCUCCAUUAAUGCCAGAGUUUGACGCCUCCUUGGCCCAGCCUGAAGUCCUGCCGGGUCUGAUGAGUUCUACCGAGAUCCUCCAUCCUCAUCCCUCAUCCUCUGUCCCCUCCACGGACUUUUUGGGCCACUCCAUCUCUUCUUCCAUCCCUUCCCUGCUGCCCACCAACCCUCCUGCCUUGGUUGAGCCCAAGAAGAAGACCCGCCGGACCAAGUGUUCUUCCAAAUGCUUCUGCCCAAAACCUCAUGAGAAGGCUUUUGCCUGCCCAGUGGAGAACUGCAUCCGGAGCUUCGCUCGUUCGGAUGAGCUCAACAGGCACCUCCGCAUCCACACGGGCCACAAACCUUUCCAGUGUCGCAUCUGCUUGAGGAACUUCAGCCGCAGUGACCACCUCACCACCCACAUCCGCACCCACACUGGCGAGAAGCCCUUCUCCUGUGACACCUGCGGGCGCCGCUUCGCCAGGAGCGACGAGAAGAAACGCCACAGCAAGGUCCACCUGAAGCAGAAAGCCCGGACAGAGGAGAAGCUCAAAGGUUUGGGUUUCUUCUCGGUGGGUCUCUCCUUUGGGACACUGUGAAGCUCCAACCUGAGAGCUAGGAGACGGCAUUUCCCAAGGUCCCCCGAGCAUCUCAUGGGAGAGCCGGGGUGGGAAUAUCCUCCUGGAGUGGCCCUGGAGAAGAUGACGGUGAAUGGAGCCAUGCUGGGGAGGAGAGGGACAGGCAGGAGGCAGAGGCGAUUCUGCGGCACUGGACCACUGGUUGCGGAGGUGGGAAGUGAGAGGUUUUGCUCACCAGGAGCCAUCUCCAAACUGCAGGGACUGAGUCAUUCUUACAGCUCCUGUUCCAAGGAGAAGAAAGAAAAACCCAUGUGGAGAAAGAAAAACCCGUGUACAGGAAGAAAUCACCACCAAGACGGAUUUUUUUCUACACCCAAACCCAUGGACAUCCCAUGUUUGUAGCGACCUGACUGAUUUCCCCUGCCAGCACUUUACACGAUGCUCCUGACCAGUUAUUUAUCCGACCGGGAGCUCCGGUCCUUUCUCCUGAAGGAGAUAGAUGCCACCGGGCUCCGGCAACAGGAGCAUAAUGAUCCCUUUGGAAAGGUGAUGUCAUUAUUAUUAUUAUUAUUAUUAUUAUUAUUAUUAUUCCUAUUUCCCUGUUUGUAAAAGAAAGAAUCUAUAAGGAAUAUUAGAAAAU